AUGUUAACAACACCACAUACUCCAGGUCUUGUCCAACAUGGCGUCGAUCGUCGGGUAUUCUCAGCAUGACGGUCUCUUCGCCCCCGGGGGUUCAAUGGCUAAUAUGUACGGCAUGCUGCUCGCCAGGUACCGCCGAUUUCCCGAGAUCAAGCGUUCGGGCGUGAGUGGGCUGGGGCGCCUCGUGGCCUUUACUUCGGUGGACGCCCACUACUCCAACACCAAAUCGGCCAUGACGCUGGGCCUCGGCGCCGACAACCUGGUGCUCGUCAACGUCGACGAAGAGGGCAGGAUGGACGUGGACCACCUGAAGGAGUGCAUCGCCAGGGCCAAGCAGGACGGCGCCCUCCCCUUCCUGGUCACCGCCACGGCAGGCACCACCGUGCUCGGUGCCUACGACCCUGUGGACGCCAUCGCCGACGUGUGCCAGGCAGAGGGGCUGUGGCUCCACGCCGACGCCGCCUGGGGGGGAGGGGCCCUUCUGUCCCCCAAGCACAGGCACAAACUCAGGGGAAUCCACAGGUCAGACAGUGUAACCUGGAACCCGCACAAGCUGCUGGCCGCCCCCCAGCAGUGCUCAGUGUUUCUCACCAGACAUCUGGGAUUACUUACCCAGUGUAAUUCUGCAAGUGCUCCUUAUCUCUUCCAGAAAGAUAAGUUCUACGACACGAAGUACGACUCAGAACAAAAAACCUCCAGGGGUACUCACCGAGUUCUCAAGUUCUGGCGUUUUGGGAAACAAAGGGGAACCAAGGGGCUGGAGAGGCAUAUCGACCACCUGUUCGAGAUGACAAAGUUCUUCACGGAAACCAUUCGAGAGCGGGAAGGAUUCAGGCUUGUGCUGGAGCCUCAAUGCACCAACGUGUGCUUCUGGUAUGAGCCGCCCUCACUGCGCGGGAAACGCAGCCACGACCAGUAUCCGCAGCUCCUGAACAGCGUUGCUCCUCGGAUUAAGGAGCGGAUGGUGAAGACGGGGGCCAUGAUGAUCACGUACCAGCCCCUGCACAGUCGGCCCAACUUCUUCAGGCUGGUGCUCCAGAACUCCCAAGUCAACGCCGAGGACAUGAAGUACUUCGCCAACCAGAUCGAAGUUCUUGGCCGCGACCUGUGAGGGGUUUUGGCAACGGCAGGAGAGUCUCGGGGGGCUUGUUUCCCAGGGGCACGAGUGUUGCAGGUCUUCAAAGAGGUGCUCGUUUUUACUCCGUUAUUGCGGAGUAUUUGGAGUAUGGCUGUGGAGGAUAGUGAAUAUUAGUUGUUGAAUAAAGCACAUCACACACACACACACACACACACACACACACACACACACACACACACACACACACACACACACACACACACACACACA